CUUUCUUCAAUCGCAAAUCACAUAAUAUGAAAUAGCAAAGACGCGAUAAAAUUAAAAAGUUUGCAAUAUCUGUUUCACAAUUUAAAUCACAAAUUUCGUCGCGUGUAUUGUCGCGUGUAUUAUCGCGUUUAUUAAAAUUAUAUAAAUAUCCUUUGGAUGCUAACAAAGAAGAAAAACUGUCUUUUUCAUAUUUAAAUAAAGAAAAACAGAUGUUUAAAGCUGACUCCAAAUUGGAGGUUACGAAUUCAUCGUUCUCCUUAGAUUCAGAACAGGACGAUGGAUCAAAAAAGAAAGAUGAGAAAGAUUUGUACUCUUCCUUAACAGAUAUUAAGGAAGAAAAAAUAUGGGAAGAAGAGGAAAAAGAAGAAAAUUUAGAUGACGACCUAAAAGACUUGCCUGUUGAGGUUCGAGAAACAGUGAGUUUGGAAGAUGACCCUACAGAACCAACAUUAACAUUUCGCUAUUUUUUAAUGACUUUAAUAUUUAUCCCUCCCGGUGCAUUUUUAGAUACCAUGAGUUCUUACCGUACAAGUUCUGCGGCCUACAGUGUGUUUUUUGUUCAAAUCGCCAGUUACUGGUUGGGAAAGUGGCUCGCAAAAGUAUUACCCAAAAAGAGGGUUCCUCUCGGAAGACUCAGCUUCAGUUUGAACCCUGGUCCUUUUUCUAUCAAGGAAUGCGUCUUGGUCACCCUCUCGGCUGCAUCAGGUGCCACUGGCAGUCAAGGUACCACUAGUAUUUCUGUUGCCGAGUUAUUUUACAAUGAAAAGGUGAACCCAGCAGUCGCAAUCUUUUUCAUGUGGGCAAUCGUAUGGACUGGAUAUUCGUUUGCUGCUAUUGCGAGAAAUUUUUUGUUGUAUGACCCCCAAUAUCAAUGGCCUCAGGCCCUUAUGCAAACAUCACUUUUUGAAGCAUUUCGUAAAAGCGACGAAAACUCAAAAUUGGCUGCCAAGAAAAUGCGAGUUUUCUUUAUUGGAUUGAUAGGAUUGACCAUUUGGCAAUUCUUCCCUGAAUAUAUUUUUCCUAUGACUGGGUCUUUGGCAUUUUUGUGCUGGGUAGCCCCAAGAAACAAAGUAGCCAAUUUCAUUGGAUCAGGUAUGGCCGGCAUGGGUUUCUUGAAUUUUACCCUUGACUGGAGUAAUAUCACAUCAAGUAUUAUGAUCAUGCCUUAUUGGACCCAAGUCUUGAAGUUCUGCGCAUUUGUUCUUGGUGCUUGGAUCCUUCUUCCCGCGGCCAAGUGGGGAAAUCUAGGAUCAUUCAAGCAUGGGUUAAUGUCCAACAACUUGUUCUUAAAGAAUGGUACCGUAUACCCAGCAACUAGAUUAAUGACGAGUAACUUUACAUUUAAUGAGACAGCCUACCAAGAAUUGGGUCCUGGAUAUAUGGGUGUCCAAAAAAUUUGGAUUAUGUUUUUUGACUACGCUUCUUAUAUUUCUGCUAUUUCUUGGAUUAUCUUUUUCGGGCAUAAACAAAUUCUGUCAUCGGGAAAAAAAUUUUACCAUCGUAUGCGAUACGGCGGUAACAUUAGCAACGAGUAUACUGAUCGCCUCAACAAAAUUCAGAGGUCCUACAAAGAUGUUCCUCUCUGGUGGUUUAUUGUGUUGUUUGUCAUUUCUUUUGUCAUUUUAAUUACUAUCUUUGCUACGGGUAAUAUGUUUCUUCCUUGGUGGGCAUACAUUGUGGCCCUGGGUUUUGGUGCUACUAUCGUUACCCCCAUGGCUUGGCUGUAUGCGCUCAGUAACUUUCAGCUUGCAAUUGGUACGUUUAAUGAACUCAUCUAUGGUUAUAUGAUUCACGCAGUUUCCGGCUUCAAACAUCCUGCUGGUGCCUCAAGUUACGGCGCUGUAGCUGGUGACGCAUGGUAUCGAGCUCAAUACAUGCUUCAAGAUCAAAAAAUCGGUCAUUACAUGCAUAUACCUCCUAGAGCAGUCUUUUUCUCUCAGAUUUUCGGUGAGCUUUUGGGGGUACCGGUCAAUUACGGAUGUCUUCGAUGGGUCUUGAACACAAAAAGCGCCUACCUUUCAGGUAAAGAAAAAGAUCCAUUGCAUCAAUGGACAGGUCAAUCUUUGAUCAGCUAUAAUACAUUGGCAAUUCAAUAUGUCUUAAUUGGACCAAAGAGACUUUUCAAAGAAGCUAUGUAUCGUCCUUUACCAUAUGGGUUUGUUGUGGGUGCUUUCGCACCCGCCCUUUUCUACCUAUUAUAUCGACUUUUUCCUAAAGGAAAAUUUCAUUUGUGGAAUGUUACCAUCUUUUGUUCCACAAUGUCGAACUUUUAUGGUAAUCUUUCCACGGGAUACCUUUCGUCUUUUAUUGGAGGAACCAUUACCAACUUUUACUUUUACCGUUAUAGACACGAGCUUUGGAGAAAAUACAAUUACAUCCUCGGUGCUGCUUUUGAUACAGCAUUUAAUCUUGCCAUGCUUUUAAUAUUUAUUUUCUUCAGCUCUGGAAAGCAAAUUGCAAUGCCCAACUGGUGGGGUAACAAUGCUGAUUCCGUUGAGAGAUGUUUUGCAACCUACUAAGUUUCCUUAUUUAAAACUGUUUAAUAAUAAUUUAAUAAAUAAAAUGAUAAUAAGUACCAUAGAA